UGAGGAUGAAUAUAAUAUGGUGGUUAUGAGUGUUCCAGAUGCUGAUUUCUACGACUUCGACAAGGAUCGGAUUCAAUCUUCGUUUGGAGAAAACCAGGUUUGGGCUGCUUAUGAUGAUUACGGAAUGCCUCGAUGGUAUGCACUGGUCCAUAGGGUUGUCUCUCAAGAACCGUUCAAGCUGUGUGUUUCUUGGCUUAAUGGCAAGAAAAAUGGAUAUGUGGGUUCAAUGAAGAGGUGGAUUGAUUCAGGGUAUUAUAAGACUAGUGGAUGCUUCUCAAUCGGGAAAUAUAGCAGCAACGACUCUCUCAACUCCUUCUCACAUAGAGUCCAAUGGACAAUAUGUGAGAAAGGAUUGGUGCACAUAUAUCCGAGAAAAGGCAAUGUAUGGGCUCUUUAUGAAAAUUGGUCACCAUCUUGGGAUUUUUCAACUUCAGUAGAAGAAAUGAACAAGUAUGAAAUGGUAGAAGUCCUUCAAGAUUUCGACGAAGAGAACGGUGUGAAGGUUGUGCCUCUUGUUAAACUCUCGGGAUUUAAAACUUUAUUCCGUCGCCAUCCAAGUCAGAGGACAUACCCAAGGAAAGAACUAUUCAGGUUCUCGCAUCAAGUUGCUUAUCAGUUGCUUACAGGUGAAGAAGGUGAGAAUGCUCCUGACGGUUGCUUGGAGCUUGAUCCAGCAGCUUUGACACCGGAGCUUCUCAAGGUUCUCACUGAGGAGGAGAUGAGAGAAGUGGAGAAUGCAGUCGAUAAACCAAAUGAGGAAGCAGAUGAGGUUAGUGGAAACUAUUAACAAUGUUAAAAUUAAUUAUGAAGCAAAUAGGAAGCUUGAAAUGGAAAGUAACAACGAGGUUUGUGUGCAGGUUUACAAGAGGACAUAAGAGGAUAAUAAAGAUGGUACUGGAGAUCUAUUUUGCAAGAAACCCUUUUUUUUUUUUUUGCCUUUUGCUUUAUUUUAAUUUCAUUCAAAAAACUUCAGUGAAGCUGAUUAGUUCAGUAUCAAUAUGUACUGAUUCAGUGACUUUAUCUUUACAUUUUAUUUUGUUUUUGAAAGUUGUUGGAUGCUCCUAGAAUAAUGAUUGUAUCUUGAUGCUGGGUUUUCUUAUUGGAAUGAGACUUUGAUUAUAUGUUAUAUUCAAAAGAAAUCAUGGAAAGAAGCCAAAAGAAAAUUUCAUAGUGAUCCCCUCAGAAUGUUGUGUGUAUCAGUCUCAUACUCAACUCACAUAGUAAGGACUAAGGAGAUAAAGUCAUUGAAAGAAACUUUUACACCUUUGACAAAAACCCCAUUCAAGAUAACCCUUAAACUUUUUCAGAUUGCACAUUUUAUUCGUUUUCUAACAUCUCCUAGCUUGUAGAACAAUAGUGAGCCAGAGACUAAGGUUCCUCCAUAUAUAUAUCCCUGCUUGAGACCGGCCAGUGACCUUCAUAUCUCUUGUAAUUAUAAUUUCUCAAUGACAUAAGGAUACUUUCCAUGUGAUUUGCAAUGAGAUUCCUCCUUAAUUAAACAGAGAGAAGUCAUGUUCCAUGUCGACGCUUAUCAUUUCCAUCUCCACUCAAAAACUGUUUCAUUUCUCCUUGAAGUAUAGUUUUAAUUU